AGAAAAAUAAAAAUAAUAACCAAUAAUAGUUAAUAAAUAAAUAAACAUGGAAAUAUUGCAGUAAAUAGAAAACAUUUAUUUAAAACCCAAAGACUUCCUGAACUCACCGGGCGAGUUGGAGCACCGAAGUUGGCCGUAAUCGCCUACCCAAGGUGACCAUGUGCAGCCGGAAAUGCUUCCGCAUGCCCACCCUGGUCAUCUGCGGCGUCGUGCUGACCAUCAUCCUGGUCUGCAUCACGGGCAUCACGCUGACAAAUAGCAUCAACAUAUCGAACAUUGUGAAGCUGCGCGAGAAGGUGGCCAGCGAUUCGGCGGCAGCCAAUGGAGGUCACCAGGCGGCCCAAACGCGGGCGGCCCUCGUCGAGCAGCAAUAUUCGACGCUGCAGCAGCAUCAUCUGUCCCGCAGCGAUCUCAACUACAUUCAGGCGGCCACUCAUCCGAAGAACCUGCAGCGCCAACUGCAGCAGCAGCAACUGCAGUUGCAGCAGCAACAGCAGCAGCAACAAAAACCGAAUAAAAUUGUCAUCGAAAUCGGUUUGACCAAUGACAGCGGGCCAAGUAGUGUACCGGCAAGUAGUACAAGCAGUUCAAGUGCCGGACCGCGAAUUCUUCAAGCGGCCGAGGCCCUAAUGGAGGGAAAUGUUGACUCGAUUUCAUUGCCAGCAGCUGCGCCCCUUACGGCAGCCACCAAAAAUCCAGCCAAGAACCCAGAAAGCACCAUCAACAACCCUACAAAUACCACACCAGAUAUUACGAUGGGCAUUGCCGAUCACAAUCCUGGGGGCAUUCAAUUUGAGCGACGCGCGCACGUCAAACAGGUGAGUUGCAAAUGGAUGAUUUGAAGAUACCGCUUCGUG